GGGACCGAUCCACGUCCUCCUCGUCGGGUCCAUUCCGGCGUGACGUGCGCCCCGGUUUAGCUGGCGCCUCGCCUGAAAAAGUCCCUCGUCCACCUCUCCAACCCAACCACCGCACCGCAUCCGUCCGUGCGCGCGAGCGCGACGCAGGGUCGCGGAGGCCGCAAGAGCGCAGCCAGCCCAGCCCACGCGGCGGCGGACCCGAGGCGGGAGCCGUGGAGCUGGAGGAGAAGAGACUGUGAGCGAGUGAGAGAGCUCCGGACCGGAUGGGCUCGGGCGACCCGGCGGCCGACCCCCUGGGCCUCAUCCACCUCCGCGGCACCCCCGGCGCGCUCUCCCGCCGCGUCGCCAUGGCCCGCGACGCCGCCGCCGUCGCGCCCGCGCUCCGCCCCUGGCUCGUCGACUUCCUCCCGCUCCUCGUCGUCCUCCUCAUCGCUGCCCACGUCCUCGCCCUCGGAUACUGGAUCUACAGGCUCGCCACUGACGGGUCCAGGCAGCCCGCGCGGAGCAAGAAGCACUAGGCGGCCAGAUGCUUGGAGCCAGUGUUUGCCAUUUAGGUCUUGCAUCCUCUGCUCGUUGAUCUCCAAGGUUUCCGAUGUCGGGUGAUGGCGUGGCAAAGCUCCUGGAAGAGCUGCAUACAGGGAACCAAUGUCGGGUGAUGGCAUGGCAAAGCCACUGGCUUGUUCAGAUGUUGGUUUGAAAAGUGACGUUAGCUGAUAUGUGAAAGGAGGACCUUAUGAUCAUAAACAGUAUUUAGUUGUUGAUUAGGUUUGUCAUCUGUUGACGUCUCCAUGUAAAGGCCAGUAGCCAGACAAGUGUGCCGUACUGCCGUUUCAUCUGAUUUGAGCUUGUGUAUCUCA